GCUGCCUUAAGGCUGGUCAAUGGAACUUAGCAUGGGCAAGUUGGGAAUUGUUGUGGUUUUGCUUUUACUGGGACAGAUAUCAGCCAUAGCCAGAGGGAGAAAAAAAGAGGACCAAAGGGAAGAGAUUUUGAAAGAGUUGGUGGAGAUAUGGAGAAAGGGAGGAGGCUGGAACCCUCACAAAGUAAAGCCACCACCAGAAAGACAACAAGAUCAACAAAUUCAUUCUAUAGUGAGCAGCAUAAUGGGUGGUCUCAAGUCUCUAGGUUUUAUGCCAAGGAGAAGUACAGGUCUACCAUCUCUAAACAAAGCCUUUGAUCGAAACAGACUCUCAGGAUUCCUUUAUAACAUCUCCAUGUACCUCCAGGAGAUAAGCGUGGAGUUAGAUGAUCGGCAGCAACCUUUUGGUGAUGACCAGUUUUGGGAGAACCUACUGUAUUCUUUGCUUCAAACUGGAAGAGAAACAUCACUUGGACUAUGGGAUGGGAAAGCUCCUCCGCGACCCACUUUCAGGCUUCAGGAUCUGUUUCUGUCCCUCAGGGGCAGCCCACAUUGGGAUGGACUUCUAGGGUUAUUGCAAAGCAUUUUGACCCUUACUGAGCGGCAGCCACAAAAACCCAUCUUGACUUUUAUUUCCCAGAACUGGAAGACCAUCAGUGCUUUGCUCGAAACAGUUCUUCAAGCUCUGGUCAGUGGGACCUAUGGCCAAGCUGUUGCAGGUCUGCAGGGUUUCAUCUGUGUCCUGAAAGGACAAAAUGAUUGUGCCUUCAACCUGAACUGGCUGCAACAGCUCCUUAGCUUUAUGGAGACCAGGAACUGGAAACCUGUAGUCAGUUUACAUCCUUUAAGUGUGGAAAACAAUCAAAGAGAUACUGCCCUCUCUACAGGACGUUUUAAGCCCUUCCUUGUGCCACCUGAGGUGCUAUAUGAGGAGCAAUACUUGUGGAACCAAACAGAUGCUGAUUCCGAGAGCCUUGCCUCUAUGCAAGCACUGCUUCUCCAAGCUUUAUCAAGGUCAAAUGCAGGAGAAAGGGCAGUACAGUUCGCAGAGCAUAAUCCUUCCCUCCUGCAGGGCAUGGAUAACCUCAGACGUGGAUUCCUGCACAAUGUUGGCCGCAGUGUGUAUGGUAAUCUGAGAAGAAAAGUGCUGCAUAUGACCAAGACACUGCUGGAUGAUGUAAGCAGCAUGAUGGGAGAACCGCAGUACAGUCACCAUGGAAGAUGCUCUGUAGGUGACCUCAGGCAAUUAAUUUUAUGGGGAAUUAGACACAAUUUGACAUGGAAUGCUCAAGCAAUGGGCUUCAGCUCAGAAGGUUUGCCCAGCAGGCAAUCUUUCAUGUCCUGCCCCUCUCAGGAGGAAAAAAGGACUUUGAAACAUCAGCCCUCAUCUAGACUACACCAGCUCCAGACAAAUGUCCAUGAGCAGAGUGAUUUGGACCUCUUACCCUCAGCAGAGAUUCUGGAAGCUGCAUGUAAUGCCUCAAUCCCUGGUCUCAUGGGGGUUUCAAAUUUUACUGUUUUCCUUUAUUGUAAUCUCUUUGAGGGAAAGGAUGACUCACAGGACCCUGAAGUCAGCCAUUUUGGGAUAGACCUGCAGGCAACCUGCUCUGAUGCAGCUUGGUACCUCUCUGCAGCAGAAGAAGAUUUUCUUUGGGUUCAUGUUUGUAGUGAAUAUUUUGCUCAUGAGUUCAACAAAACUGUGUGUGCUAACUCUACAUUCUGGCUGCAACAUGCCUAUCAGGUAGAAGCUACUAAGGAUUACCAGUACCUCAACCAGACAAGCAUUGAUGACCUUUGUCUUCAGCUCUCUAUGGAUGUGUCCAGGGAAACUCCUACAGAUGCCACUGAGGAUUGCUUAGCACAGCUGAGCAGCAAAACUUUAACUGCACAAGAUUUCAGAAGAUGUUUUCUGCCCAAUGAUACAGCCCUAAUUGCCUCUUUGUGUGGUAACGAGCCAUCUCAAGCACCCAAAGAUGGGAGCUGGGCAGCAGAAUACUGCUCUAAAGUCAUCCCUAAUCACACUUACAGUGACUUCAAAGACAGGCUCUGUGACUACACAAACUGGGAUAUUGAAAAUUUCAUUAACUCCACGGCCCUUGAGCUUUGCAGCAGUAAAGCAGGCCUGAAUGAUUACAUUUGCAAAAAUACCACGCUGUACCUCAUGCUAGUUCGAAAGCAUCCUUCAUUUUUAGAAUACUGUCUGAAAUCUGAAGGGAAGCAGGGCAGCAAGUGUGUCCUACAGCAACUGUUUGACAUGCUGCCAGCCCCCUAUGAUUUUGACACCUCUCAGCUUUGUGUGAACCCCUUGCUCAUUCUACAGGAAGCAAUUCAUAUGCUUACUCUAUGUGAAGGAGUAGUGAAUGAACGCACAGGUUGGUUAGCUACAGUGAGCUAUGUGCUUCGAAUCUUAGAUUUUAUGGUUGGGCUCUCAGCAGGUUUGGAAGAGGGAAAAAGGGAGGUGCGUCGGGGCCUGAGCCAGGCCAUUCUUCUUUCUAGCCUCCAAGACAAUGCUUCUUUCUGGUCUACUCUAAGGCCUGAUGCAUCCAUAAGUGUACUCCACACUGUUAGUGUCUUCCUCAAGAGAGAGAAAAACUAUUCACUAAAGGAAGACCUUUUUAGCUGUUUCAGUCCUGUCCUGUGGGACCUCAUUCAGAAGGAGGGCAACUCGUCCGCUUUAAGAUUUCUUAUGCAGGAGUACCUACAGAUGCCCAGAGAAAGUAUUCGCACCGUUGUACUGUCAGCAGAAAAAGACGCUGUGAAAAGAUUCCUUUCCUAUGUUCAUCAGAGUUGGGAUAAGCUUCAAGUGGAAACAACACAGGUCUCUCCAAAGGAACAAGAGGCCAUGGAGACCAUGACAGCUGCUUUCAUCCACAAGUUUCCUCGUGUCACACCUGAACUCUUCAUCGACCUCUCUCAGUUUAUACCAUACAUGUCUGUCUCUGACAUUAUGACCUUUCCUGCCUCGCUGAUGGCCAAUGAAAGUGUACUGAUGGCAAUUAGAGAUCACAGCUCUAAGAUGAAGUCUCCACAGAAACAAGCCUUUGUAAAACGGCUGUUGCAAUCCAGCUUAACUGGAGAUGUUCCUUCGUGGCCUCCAUACUUCCUUAGCACCAUUCUGCCCCUACUUCCGCAUCUCCCAGUUAGUCACUUUCUGCAACUCACAUCUCAGCAACUUACUCCCUUAAUGGAGAUGCUGGGGAAUAGCAGUCUGGAUGCCACAAGGGGGCGCCAUGUACUUCGUACUGUCUAACGGGGGAAAAACUUCUCAAGCGACAACAUAAUGAGGUUGGGAGUUCUCAUAUGUUACCUGAAUUCAGACGAAUUGCAACAGUUAAUGUCUUCUUCAACUCUCUCAUCAACCCUGUGGAAAGAGCUGGCACAAUGUGUAUCAGCGGGACAUGUUAGUGGAAGUGGCAGACUGUCGCACUGGCUUGGAAUGGUCCUUAAAUCUUUAAAUGCCAGUGUUUUAUCAGCUUCAGAAAUGGCCUCAUUACAUGGUAUGCUGCCACAAAUUGGGGCUUCAUUCUUGAAGCCACUGUCCUCAGUCGAGUUACUGGAUCUUGUAACUCUGCCGCGUAUGCCAACUUUCCCACCUGCACAGGCAUUCCAGAUACUGAACAAAAUAGCAGAGGAAACAAAUUUCAGUGCCAACACACUCUGCACAUUGAAGCCAUUGUUCCCAGGCCUGGGGCCGUCUUUCUUGAAAAAGCUGGUUAUACCAGAGUCUGCUGAUAUGCUUGAUUGUCGGUGUUGGAGUUCACUGCUUUUUGACCUACAGCCUGCUCUUCGUACUAUGGUACAUUUUGGCCUCCAACAGGCUCUGGAACGCAAAUCUUCAGAUAAAAUUCUGCAAUUGCAGUGUCUUCUACCUUCUGUCUCCUUAAAAAAAUUAAUGUCAGAUCUAAAUGCAGAGACAGUCCUUCAUCACAUAUCUCUGUAUAAGAAUAUGCCCUGGUCUCAUCAACAGGCUCAAAUGCUGUUCAAAAUGAUUCAUCGGACCAUAAACAUCACAAGAGAAUCAAUAAUAAAUUUAGGUCGUAUUGCAGGUGGCAUGAGCUGUGAAUGGCUGAUACAUUGGGUAAAUGAAUCAGGCUUCACUGAAUUGUUGGAGUUUAUCACUAAGUUACCAGGAGGACUUAGACCCGCUUUGAGGAACUGCGUUGUGAGAGAACUUAGGAAAUGGCCAGACACUGAUUUAAAUGACUUGGACCCCUUAUUUGCAGCAAGAUUACCACUGACCAUGUUGGAGCACCUGUCUAAUUCCUCACUCAUAAGAAUACUGGACCAUGUUCGACAACACUUUAUUGAUUUUCUUCAACUACCACGACACAAGCAAAUGGCUUUGGCUGAGAAAGCUAUCGAAGUACUUGGAAUAUCGGAAGAUGAUCUCACUGGAGCCUCCAUGGACAUGCUUGGUCCUCUUCUGCCCUUCCUGGACAGGGAUGUUUUAGCUCACGUCGACAGAGAGGCUCUGAAACUGCGACUGGAGGAGCUGAAACAGUAUUGCCUGCCUUCUGACUCCUUCAGACAAAUAUCAGCUUUGCUUACAAGGAGUAACAUGAUGGGAGAACCGAAAACAUGGAAGGUGGGAGAUGUUGAACAAUUGGGUAGACUUGUGUUCAUGCUUUCACCUCAACAGAUAAGAUCACUACCACUGGGUGAUUUAGGUAAAGACACAGUCGAGCAAGUUCUUCAGAAUCAGUGGCUUUGGAAAGACAGUGAAGUAGGUAAAGCUUGUUUGGACCAGAAAGGACUACGAGAGAAGAUCAACAGCCUCAUCCAAAGGAUUGUGAAAGGUCGAUGGUGGAUGAGAAGAGGCCCUGUCCCAAGCUGUGCAGAUAUUAAAGGGACGUUUCCCUCUGCCUGGAGGUCCCAUCAGCUUAAUCGAAUGAAUAGGAGAGAGCUGAAAGCUUGUGUUGAAUUCAUGGGUCAGGAUGACACACUUGAUGCCGAGCAGCGUGAAGCACUUUGGAGGGAACUCAGACCAGUUUAUAAGCCAGUGAGGCUGCUCAAACCAGAACAGGUGUUGGAACUAGGAUGUAUAGUGACUGAGAUGGGGGAAAGAGAGCUACAGGCUGCCAACUUGUCCAAUCUGGCUGUUGUGGCCCAUCUUGGAAGCCUCAAUGGGUGGAGCACAAAGAAAAUGAGAGCAGUGGUUCUUGGCAUAAUGAUGCAACUUAAACGUAAGCCUGAAGAACUUGGUGUGGUGGAGCUUGUUUCCCUUGGACAUCUGCUUUGCGGCUUUAAUUCUUUGGAAAUUUCCCGUCUAGAUCCUUUCAACUUGAGUGUGGCAGCUUUGUUUCUGGGAGAGAUGGUACUGCCAUGUUCUGAGCUGCAGACCGAUGCGCUGACGUCACGCCUAUCCAAUCCCCUGGGCUUUGGUCCAGUCAGCAGCUGGGGCUCUGAGGUCUUCACUGAGAUUGGGACUUUGGCAGCUGGGCUUGAGGACAUGGCAUUGUCUGCACUUGUAAAAGAGCAAAUGGAAGGACUGACAACAGCAGCAAUAGCCCUGAUACCUCCAAGAAAAUUGUCUGUGGUAUUUAGUGCCACUCAGCUGUCAUGGCUGAGUUCUGAACAGGCAUGUGCCUUGACAGAGGAGCAGUGGGCGGAACUAGACAAUGAACAAAGACAAGCGCUUGGCAUGGCACAGUAUGAAGAUGACCUCAUGCUUGGACACAGAGGCAGGAACCAGGCUCCAUCAGUACAGUUUGCCAACAGCUUCGCAGAGUAUUUAUUACUUUUUGUCUGUAUAUUUUGGAAUCUAUUAUAAAGAUUAUAACCUUAGGUUAUUUAUUUGUUCCUCUUUAUUGCAUUCUUACAUUUUUAAUUAAAUGUCAACUCAUAAACAACAUGGGGACUGUCAUUGUGAAAGGUGUUAUUCUCACAAAUAAACACUUCAGAGUUAAUGCAUUGUUUUAAAGACACUGGAAAAGGAGCAAUCGCAGUCUGCAGUAGUUGGACCUGCACACACACAAUCACUCAAGUACUGUACUAAUAAACAAACAAGAUUCUGAAUUGUUCUGUGGUUCAUAUGGAAAUGCAUUUUUGGGUUUAUGUCUGAUACUUGCAAGUUAAUAUGGUUCCUCCUUCCAUAAUUGCAGACAUCUAACUUU